AUGGGUGAAGAUUCGCAAGCUGUAAAUGGGAAAGUUGUUUUAAAACGCAAAAUAACCUUGUUUAAUGGUGUGGGAAUAAUUAUAGGAACAAUUAUUGGUUCUGGAAUAUUUAUUUCUCCAACUGGAGUUUAUUUGUAUACUGGAUCUGUAGCUGCAUCUCUAAUAAUAUGGUUGGUGUGUGGUCUCCUGUCAACCCUGGGAGCUCUUUGUUAUGCCGAGCUGGGCACGUCGAUUACUAGGUCUGGUGGCGACUACGCCUAUAUCUACACGGCAUUUGGGCCUUUACCAGCUUUUUUGAGGUUAUGGAUCGCUCUCUUAAUCAUCAGACCAACCACACAGGCCAUAGUGGCACUAACCUUCGGCAACUAUGUCGUAAAGCCAUUUUUCCCCGAAUGUGAUCCACCGCAGAAUGCGGUCAGAUUGCUGGCUGCAGUCUGUUUGUGUAUUUUGACGGCUAUCAACUGUCUGAGCGUGCGAUGGACUAUGCGCAUCCAAGACGUUUUCACCACAUCCAAGCUGCUAGCGCUGAUCGUCAUCAUCAUUGCUGGCAUAUAUUACAUUUGUAUCGGAAACACAUCGAAUUUUGACAAUGCGUUUGAAGGGGAGUACAGCGCUGGCAACAUAGCGCUCGCUUUCUAUUCUGGCUUAUUUGCUUUUGGAGGAUGGAACUACUUAAAUUUUGUGACUGAGGAAUUACAAGAUCCGUACAAAAAUUUGCCGCGUGCAAUAUGGAUCGCGUUGCCCAUGGUCACCAUUAUCUACGUGAUGGCGAACUUGGCCUACUUUGCGGUCGUGUCCAAAAUGGAAAUGAUGUCUAACCCCGCUGUUGCUGUGAUAUUUGGAGAUCGUCUUUUUGGUCGCUGGAGCUGGGUGAUCCCCGUGUUCGUCGCAUUGUCGACAUUCGGUGGAGUUAAUGGCGUCCUAUUCACUUCGGCACGACUGUUCGCUACCGGUGCUCAAGAGGGACACAUGCCUGCCUUCUUCUCGCUCUUCCAUGUCGACAAACAGACACCUAUUCCGUCUCUUAUUUUUACUUGCCUGUUCUCCCUCCUCAUGCUUACGACGAGCAACGUAUAUGAUCUCAUCAAUUACUACUCGCAAAUAUUAUGGUUGUCCGUCGGUGCAUCUGUAGUGGGCAUGUUGUGGCUGCGACGCACGAAACCUGAUAUACCUCGACCCAUCAAGGUCAAUAUUGUGAUACCAUACGUUUUCCUCAUCGCCAUCGCUUGUUUAGUUAUAAUUCCUGCAAUUAAACAGCCACAAGACACCAUUAUAGGUAUAGCGAUAUUACUUUCUGGCAUACCAGUGUAUUACGUUUGUGUGAAGUGGCAGAGCAAACCUGAGAGUUACCACACUAUCUCUGGCUGCGUCUUGAGGUUCCUACAGAAGGCUUGUUCGUGCAUGUAUGUAGAUUCUACGGAAAAAUUGGCAGAUAAUUAAACAUUGGCAAAUUGGAAAAUUUAAUGCCUGUAUUACUUCACUUAUUUGGGUUGGACAUGUGUUACUAUCGACCAAAAUUGUAAGUUUUACUAAUUUAUAAGUGUUUUUAUGUAUUGCUGUAAUUAAAUUAAAUUAGUGUCCAACCGGUGGAACCUUUUACACACACGUUUAAGAUGAACGUAUUUUUGCUAUAUAAUUGGCUACAAUGUUCAAUAUGUAAACAAGUGUUAUUGAUUCGGAUUCUACCGAGGUUGAGAGGUCAAUAUUGAGAGUCAUCAUAAUAACAUUUAUUUAUUUAUAACUUGUUUUUAUAAUAAGUUCAAGAGCUAAGGAAUUAAAAAAAAAUAACAUAUUAUUAAAAAAUAAGAUCAGAUAUAAUUCUUGUGAUGCACAUAUAAACUCAAAUGUGAUCCGAAUAAGUACCUAAAGAAUAUUUAACCUUUUUAUAUUUACACACUAUAUGAGUGUAUUUUCCUCAAAUCUAUGUUAUUAGAUAAUGCAAUUUAAUAUUAACCGACAGAAAAAUACAAUGUAAAAGGUUAUAAUAUACUACUCACAUAAUUUAUAACGUUUUGUAGGUAUAUACACGUAUAGGCAAAGAAAAGUUAUGUAUGUAUUAGAUAUAAGACUAAUUUGAAAUGUCAGUAUUGAAGUUUUUUUAAUACUUUACUAUUAUUUUAAGGUAUGAUAAUGUGGGUGAAUAACUAGAUGAUUUAUUAAAAUUGGUCCAACUCGAACUAUUCAUAGUGUAAUAAAGCUGAUAGCACAUAAUGUGACAUUAUCAGUCUUACUUAUUAACUUAUCUUACCGUUAAGAGGUGGUUAAUAAUUGUUUAAAUAGCUGUCAAAAAUAUCACCGGUUCCUAGUUUAAACCUAAUUCAGAGACAAGAUGGCGGGUUCUGACUUACAGCUGAUCGAGUAAAUUUGUGUUUCAACUAAGCAUAGCUUUGCGAAAUUUUAUAAGUAAGACUGUAUGUUUGUCCCAAUGGCUCAUUUAAGGCUUCGUUAUAUUUUGGAGUUGAGUUGUAUUUAUGUGAUUGAGAAUGAAUUGUGAAA